UUCGCUCGAUAUUAGUCGUUACAAAAGCUAGCCAGAAAAAAUAUUGAUCGGAGUAUCCAGUAUCCCAGUUUUCUGUUUGUGUUUUUUUUGUAUUUAUUUGGAUCCACUCCCAGUACGCGGUUGUAGAGCAAAAUGGCUUCCAAUUUGGCGGCGAUGCAUCGAAAGUGCCUAAGCUGCUUGGCCGAGGGAGACCUGGGUCGCCGAUACGAGUGCGUUUUGUGCGGAUCGGAGGUCAUUUAUUGCGGCCGUUGCUUCGACGAGGGCCGCAACAGACCGACGGACGGCCACAAAUACUAUCAUCCCAUGAAGGCCAUUUACAAUCAGGCCCAUUUCGAGCUGUUCUUCAGCGGGGAAACUCUGGUGAAUGGCGAAGCUCCGCAGAGCUAUAAGUGUCCUUUCUGCGAUGAGAUGGGCUUCACCGGCGAGGAGUUGCAAGUACAUGUGGCAAUGAAGCAUGGCGAUCAUGCGGAUGGCCAAGCCCUGCUUGCCAUUCUGCUGGCCAUGAACCGGUCAGAGUCAGCAGGCAAGAAAUUCACGGGGGAAAGCAAUGUGGCCACUGAAAUUCGCUGCCAGGAGAAGUCUCGAGGAGGCCUUAGCUAUGAGGUCAUCCUGGCCGAGCCGGCACCCAAUGUGGCCGUGCCUAAGCGUCCGGUCACCCCCGGCAAGAACGUCAGCGUGGAGGAGAUUGAGCAAAAGCUAAAGGCCGCCGAAGAGCGUCGCAUUUCUCUGGAGGCCAAGAAAAUGGCCGAUAUAUCCAGUAAGCUGGCCAAGGUUGAGGAGGCCACUCGCAAAAAGGAUGAAAUCACUAAUGAGUUCAUCACUCAGACCAAGGAGCAGCUGGAGUCCAAAAUGGAGCAGCAUGUGGAGAAGAGAGAAGCCAUUAUUAGCGAUAUGAAGGAAAAACUAAAGAUCCAUGCCCAGGAGAUAGAGAAGACGCGUGAGACUUUAGAGCAGCAGAAGGCCAAUGAGCAAAAGGCCAUCGAGGAGAAGUUAAAAAUUGCCCAGUCGCUGCGCGAUGAGAAUAUCAAGAAAAUGUUGGAUCGUCUAAAGGAGCAUAACACAAUCAAAAUUGCCGAAAUCAAAUCGCAGAACGAUCAAUUGGAAUGUCAAAAGCUCGAGGAGAAGGCACGCCUCUAUGAGAACAAAUUGUUCGCCGCCGAACUGAAGCGUGAACAGGAAUUACAGAAAAAAAUUGAUAAAGUUCAAAAACUAGAGCGUCGCGCCGAGUUGGUGCGCCAGAACAAGGCUCAGGCCCAGGAUAUGGACGGCCAGCAGAGCCCCAUUGCCUCCUCCGGUUAGAGUGCAAGAUGCCAUGCACCGCGAGCUAUGCAGAGCAUGGAUCGACAUUACUACUAAUGCAAAUAAAAGCAACUACGACAGAAACAACAGCAACAACAACAACCACACUGCAUACACAGGCAUAUUUCUCAAACAAAAACAAAAAAAAAACUUAAAAAGAACAAACAACAUUUAAGCAGAAACCAAUAAGCUUCAAAAAAAAUUUCAAGUAUUAUAAAAAAAAAGAGAAAUGGAAAGGCGACGAGUGGAAAGGCUCAAGACUCCGAAAAGCGUGCAGGGAGUCACGAACAUCAAAAGGAAAAGCAACAAAAACUAUUGCAUACGGCAAAUUAAUGCAAAAUACAUUUAUUAAAGGAAAUUUACACUAAACAGAAAAAAAAAAGCCUGGUGAAAAAAUCAAGCGCAGGCCAUUUAAUUUUUAAUUCGCUUUAAAUUUACCGGUUUUUUGUUUUCUUUUUUUAAAGUUACGAACUUUAUAGCUUUUACUUUGUUUUACAUUUUGAAAUUUGCAGUUCCUUUUUGCUUUAUUGAUCGUUGCUAUUAUAAAUGUAUUUUGAAAUAAUUUGCUCGAAACCCCAACAGCCAUGUGUACUUGAAAUGUAAUUGCCUCUUUAAAUUGUAGUUGCAUUGCUUUUGCAAGAAAAUCAUUUUCAAUGGAUCUUUCUUUUUUAUAAAGUAUAUGUAUAAUUUAAUUUAUUAAUUUUCACAAAAUAAAAAGAAUAACAAUCAAAAAACGCAAACGUAACGUAUAUAUUUUUUAUGUGUUCGCAUUUUGUAUCUACACAUAAAUGCAUAAGUGUCAAGCUGAGGAAAUACAUAAGGAAUGCUUAUAUAAAAUUAAAUAAAAACGGGAAAAUUGAAAAAAAGAUACUACACAAAAGGCAUUUUUGUUUUAUUUACAAAAAGCAUUAACAAUUAGGCAUUAAUAUUAAUAAACAAACAAAACACGAUACAAUAAAAAAUACUUACAAACAUAUUUCGUAUAUGUAAAAAUAUAUGAAAAUGCAUAUUUUGUCUAACGUCAAGUAUUUAGAAAAAGGCGAGGCGAGGCGAGGAUUUUUGGCCUCGGUAUUAUGGGUUAAUUCAAAAUUAGUGGGG